ACCAGUUACUCCUCCGGCGGCGGAAGCAGCGGAGGCUCCAUGAGGUAUGGAGGCUCAUCAGGCGGCUCCAGUAUGUACAUGGGCGGCGGCGGUGGUGGAGGUGGCAGCAGCGGCGGUUACGGCCACAUCUCCGCCAUGAGGGCCGGCAGUGUUUAUGGAGGCGCAGGAGGCUCCAGAACACGCAUCUCCAGUUCUUCCUUCGGUUCCGGUGGCGGCGGCGGCGGUGGUGGUGGAAUUUGUGGUUACGGCUUCGGCUUCGGUAUGGGAUGAGGCGGUGGAGGCGGAGGCGGAGGUGGCAGCGGUGUCACAGACCACACAUCAGCCAAUGAGAAGGCCACCAUGCAGAACCUGAACGACCGUCUGGCCUCCUACCUGGACAAGGUGCGCACCUUGGAGAAUGCCAACGGUGAGCUGGAGUUGAAGAUCCACGAGUUCCUGGAGAGCAAGACCUCCCCAAAAUCCCGCGACUAUUAUGCCUUCUUUGUCAUCAUCGCCGAUCUGCAGAACAAGAUCCAGAAUGCCACCGGUUACAAUGGAGGCAUCCACCUGGCCAUUGACAACGCUAAACUGGCAGCUGAUGACUUCAGAACCAAGUAUGAGAAUGAACUGGCCAUGCGGCAGUCGGUCGAGGCGGACAUUGCUGGGCUCAAGAGGAUGUUGGAUGAGCUGGCCCAGGCCAGGUCGAACCUGGAGAUGCAGAUCGAGGGUCUGAGGGAGGAGCUCAUCUUCCUGAAGAAGAACCAUGAGGAGGAACUCCUGGCCAUGAGGACGCAGAUGACCGGCCAGGUGAACGUGGAGGUGGACGCAGCGCCUCAAGAGGACCUCAGCAGUGUCAUGGCUGAGAUCCGCCAGCAGUACGAGGGCGUCUCCGCCAAGAACCAGCGAGACCUGGACAGCUGGUUCCAGAGCAAGUCACAGAGUCUGAACAAGGAAGUAGCCGCCAACACAGAAGUCCUCCAGUCUUCCAAGUCGGAGAUCUCAGAAAUUCGUCGCAUGCUGCAAGGUCUGCAGAUCGAGCUGCAGUCCCAGCAAAGCAUGAAAGCCUCCCUGGAGGGCACGCUCGCAGACACAGAAGGGCGGUACUCGAUGCAGCUCCAGGGUCUUCAGAGGCAGGUCACCAGCCUUGAGCAGCAGCUGAUGAGCAUGCGCAGCGACAUGGAACGCCAGGGCCAGGAGUACAAGAUGCUGCUGGACAUCAAGACCAGGCUGGAGAUGGAGAUCGCCGAGUACAGGAGGCUGCUGGACGGAGAGGUCUCAGGGUAAGCGAGGCAGACUGGGGAGAAAGAAC